AUGUUCAAACUUAUUAAUUCAAAGAGGAAAACCAAGCACUUCCCAACUCUGGGUAAGGGAGGCACAUUGGGAAACAAAUCCAGAAAGACGGUCCAGGGCCUGUUCAACCAGCCGGAGCGAGAUCAGCUGGACGUGUUCAAGCAGGAGCUGGAGGCCUUUGUCGCGUCAGACAACCUGACAUGGAGGUGGAAGGAGGAAAGUCAUGGCACCACGUUGGAGCACAACUGGACCGAUUUAGUGACUUCUCACUCGACGAUGGGUAAGAUGCAGAGGAACCAGCAGGCGGCACUGUGGGAGUUUGUUCACACAGAGCUCACCUACAUCAACAAGCUGAAGAUCAUCAAAGAUUUGGUGAUCACAGCUCUCCACAACCUGCACCAGCAUGAAUUCCUCCAGGAGGUUACCCCUGAGCUGCUGUUCUCCAACCUCCCCGCCAUCCUCCAAGCUCACCAGCUGUUCUGGCAGGAAGUGGUCUACCCCAUGCUACAGGAAGUACGGAGGACGGGAAAACCUUUUGAUCCCAUGAGGCUGGAGGCUGGUUGCCUGCAGUUUCGAGAGCGAUUCUCUGCCUACCAUGAUUACUGCUGGGAGGAGGAAAACACUCUCGACUUUGCACGCAGGCAGAUGGAGAGCAAUCCACAUUUUGUUGCGUUUGUGCAGUGGGUGGAGGAUCACCCUUCGUGUCUGAGGAUGCGACUUGGAGACAUGCAGGCUAAACCCCAUGUGAGGAUCACCAAAUACCCCCUGCUGCUCAAGAGUGUGCUCGAAAACACCCAGGAGCCCCAGGUGCAACAGGCCCUCAAAGGGAUGCUGUCCAGCGUGAAGAGGUUUUUAGAAAGCAUCAACGACUACAUUCGGCUGAGAGAUGACGAGCUUGCUCUCUCCAUCUCUGCGCAGAGGUUGGAGGGUUAUGAGGUGGAGGGACUGAAUGAAGAAAUUGACAGGUACGUCCGAGAAGUCAGCCAGUUUGACCUCACGUGCCCCAUCAGAGGAGUGGGUCCUGGAGUCAUCCGUAAGCUGCUGCUGGAGGACAACCUGAAGGUUCGGGGCAGAAAGGACAGUAAACUGGAGCUGGUGGCUCUGCUCUUCUCAGACGUGCUGCUUCUGACUAAAGUUCAGAAGAAAGCAGAGCGACUGAAGGUGGUCCGACCUCCUCUGGCCCUGGACAGAAUGUACUGCUACACACUGAAGGAUGGCUGCUCAUUUGUUCUGGUGGAAGUUGGUGAGCUUCAGUCUGCCAUGAAUGUCCUCAUACUUGUGGCGAGCACCUCAGACAGGUGUUCCACGUGGGUCUCCACCAUCCACCAAGCGAAGGCGACGCUGACGCACCUGAGAGAGCAGAAGAUCAACAGAGUGGACAACCUGAAAGAGCAGCAGAAGACCAAACCUGCUGAAGACACCAAGAUGGAUGAAAUCAAAUUAGAAGAAAAGCUUAAAGUUCCUCAAAAGAAGAGUUUAAUGGAAGAACUUAAUGAUGUUUUAAAUAAAUAUCCCUUGAUGAAUGGAUUUAUAAAUGAUGAGCAGAGCCAGCCUCCAAACGAGGGGCCCACGAACAACACUGGAUUAACCCCAAAGAGGAGCAACAAUGUGAAUAAAUUAGGUUAUAAAAGUGGUCUGGGUCAACGGCAAGUGCUCCAAGGACCCGAAUGGAUAGAAAUGGAACGAAGAGAUCCUGGUGUAAACCAGUCUGAAGAAGAGGGCAAAAUCGUUGAGACUCAGAUCAUCACGAAGGCUCUUCCUGUUUCAAAACUGAAUCAUUUCCCUCAAAGCAAACCUCCAGAUCUAUCAGGAACCAAUACAACUAGACGUCCCAACUUUCUCCCACAUGAACUACCAGACGUUGACUACCCAACAGAAGAAGAGAGCACUUUAUCACCUCCUCAAAAGCCUCAAAUCUCCAGCGAGAUGCUUCCAAGACCGCAGGUGGAGAAAAGAGCAUUGACAAGAAGCAAUUCAGACUUGCAGCUUGUGACUCAGGACAACCAGAAAACUUUUCCCAGUCAGUCUGGAGUGGCAGAAACUUAUCUAGAUGUAUCCAGUUUUCCUCCGAAUUUGAAGUCUCCCGGGUUACGAAAGAGGAGGCCCGUCAGCACAAACCCGAGCCCCUCGACUCCGCCUUUGAAGCCGCGCCUCCUUGAUUUGGGACGACCUGCUUCUGCCUCAAACAGCUCCUCGAAUUCAGACUCUGAGUGCAGCACAAAUAUCAAGAGGAACUCUCUUCCUGCUACUUUUAGCUCAGAUUUACAGCAGGUGCCCAAAGUGGGCCCCAAGCCGAACUACAACGCAUUCCUGAACAAGUACAACAGAAUCCCCCCAGACGCCCAAAACAUUUCUGAGUCUGACCUGCCAGAUACCACCUCCCAGAGCAUAAAGCCCAAAAUUAAGAAUGUAAGGAGUUCCUCCAGUCCCAGCAUGAUUAAUGAAGGAAAGCAGCCGGUUCGUGGACCUUCCAACAGCUCGCACGCAUCACCCCAGGAGGAGGACCCCUCCAGCUCAGGAUUUACUAUAAACUCCUCACCUGUGGAGGGACUUUUAGAAAGAGCCAAAGAAAGAGGGAAAGACAAAACCUUACUAAAGAGAGACAAAUAUGUAAAAACGGCUACUUUAAAGCCAAAGUACCAGGCUAAUUUCCAGCCACAUAAUCCCGCGCCUUCACCCACGCCCAGUGAUGGGGGCAGAGACACAGAGGAGGGGGAGGUGGAGCUGAUCAGACCCAGGUCCUCCACAGUGAGCAUGAGAUGGAAGGAGCAGCUGGUGGACGGGGAUGAAGACGACAAGAGCGGCAGUACCAUCUUCAUGGAUGGUGAAAUUGUGGACUGGGCAGGCUGGUGCGUCGAUGACGAGGAAGUCCUGACUCACCUGCACCCCAAAGUUCAAGGACUUCCUGAAGGAAUGAAGUCCAAAUGGGGUCUCCAAGAGUGUCAGGAAGACGGGGAAUAUAGUCAGGUGUAG